AACAUCCGACUCCGAGGGAUCUGUGGACCUCGGCGAACCAGCAGCCCGCUUUAGACUUAGCCACCACUCUUGGAACCAUGGCGGCAGUAGCGGCAGCCUCGGCAGAGCUGCUUAUCAUUGGCUGGUACAUCUUCCGCGUGCUGCUACAGGUGUUCCUGGAAUGCUGCAUUUACUGGGUAGGAUUCGCUUUUCGAAAUCCUCCAGGGACACAGCCCAUUGCGAGAAGUGAGGUGUUCAGGUACUCCCUGCAGAAGCUGGCGUACACGGUGUCGCGAACCGGGCGGCAGGUGCUGAGGGACCGCCGGCAGCGGGCCCCCAACUGA